AUGGAGGACACAACCGCAAAUGGAUCGUCUGCCAACGGCACUUUGCGACAACCCAAGAAAAGAUUUGUCGGACGACGCACGGCGGACGCCCAGGCGCAGAAAGAACAAUCGUCAAGUCAAAAUGAUGUCGAGUCAACAAGCAUCCAGAGAGCUGCUCCCAGAAGGACACCUCGAACCCUGAAUCAAGUCCCUCCUGAAAUCCUCGAAGACCCCGAAAUCCAAGCUGCAAUCGACCUCCUGCCCAAGAACUACUCAUUCGAAAUCCCCAAGACAAUUCACCGGAUACGUUCAUCCGGCGCAAAGAGGAUAGCCUUACAGUUUCCCGAAGGUCUACUAAUCUUCGCCACCACCAUAUCCGACAUCAUCACCCAGUUCUGCCCAGGCACAGAGACCCUCAUCAUGGGAGACGUCACAUACGGCGCCUGCUGUAUCGACGACUAUACCGCGCGCGCCCUAGGCUGCGACCUCCUCGUCCACUACGCCCACAGCUGUCUCAUCCCAGUAGACGUCACACAGAUCAAAACCCUCUACAUCUUCGUCGACAUCAGCAUCGACACCUCACACCUGAUCGCAACCCUAGAGCGCAACUUCCAACCAGGCAAGACCAUCGCAACCGUCGGAACCAUCCAAUUCAACGCCACCCUCCACGGUCUGAAACCCGUCCUCGAGCGCGCAGGCUACAAAGUCGUCAUCCCACAAAUCACGCCCUUAUCUAAAGGCGAAAUCCUCGGCUGUACAUCCCCCCAGCUCUCCGACGAAAUCGACAUCCUUCUCUACCUCGGCGACGGCCGCUUCCACCUCGAAUCCGCCAUGAUCCACAACCCCUCCAUUCCCGCUUACCGCUACGACCCUUACUCGCGCAUCCUCUCCCGUGAAACCUACGUGCACGAUGAAAUGCACACUCUCCGCCGCGACGCAAUCAACACCGCCAAGUCUGCCAAAAAAUGGGGUCUCAUUCUCGGAUCCCUCGGUCGACAGGGUAACCCCAAUACCAUGGCUAUGAUCGAGAACCACCUUAACGAGCGCGGAAUCCCGUUCGUCAAUCUGCUUCUCAGCGAGAUCUUCCCGGGAAAGUUGGCGUCCAUGUCAGAUGUUGAAUGCUGGGUGCAGAUUGCUUGUCCGAGGUUGAGUAUUGACUGGGGUUAUGCGUUCCCGCGGCCACUGUUGACGCCGUAUGAGGCGCUGAUUGCUUUGGGAGUGAGGGAGAGCUGGGACACUGCCAAUAAGGGCGUCUAUCCGAUGGACUUCUAUGCCAAGGAAGGCCUUGGAAGGACGAAGCCUAGCCAGGCGAUACCCGGCGCUGCCUAA